CCGCGCCUACGGAGUCACCGACACCGCGCCUACGGACGAUGAGAGAGGCGACGGCGAUGACAGAGGUGAUGGCGGGGCUGGCGGUGACGCGGGAGGUGAUGGUGGAGGAGGGGGCAACGACAGAGGUCAUGGCAGAGGUGGCGGCGGCGAGGGAGGUGAUAGAGGACGCAAGGGCGAUGACAGAGGUGCCGACGUCGACGGAUGUCAUGGAGGAGGCAGCGGAGGCGACAGAGGUGAUGGCGGUGGUGGGGGCGACGAGGGAGCUCAUGGCAGAGGUGGCAGCGAGGACGCAGAGGCGAGGACAUGAUGCAGGAUCUGGCACAGACAUCGAGCACAGAUGGUGGCAUGCCUGGUGGCAGGACAACGAGCACAGAGGGUCAUCGGCCGCACAGCCUGGCGCUGACGGGCCCAUCGCACGCGGUGUCGGAGGCGGGCAUGCAGGUGACGGUCCACCACAUCUCAUGGCGAUGCGUUCAACACCCCUGCACCCGUAUGGCGUCGACCUUGUCGCCCAGGGUUUGGCCGCGAGCACCGCAUUGCCGACGAUGUCGUUCUAUGACGACGUGACUAGGGACAGGAGGGCGGGCGACGAGGGAUAUACAUUAGCAUGUGGACCGACAGAUGUGCCUGCUGGGACGCGAUCCAUAGGCCGCGUCGACGGUGGUUGUCACGACUCCAUGAGAGCAUACGAGGAGCGACAUGGGAGGCCUAUGAGGGCCAAGAUAUCGGAUGUCCACGACACCAGGACGACAACUGCGAGGUUAUCUCGAACGAGGAAGAAGGGGACAGGUACAUCGACUCCAUAUCACCGCCGUCGUCCGCCACCUACUUUUCAUGAUAGAGAUCCAACCAGACAAAUUCCGGCAACUGUCAGGGCAGUGGCGGAUGGAGGCACAGGCGUUGGAGGCUCAACAACCAUUUUGUGGAGAUCAAAGCGUGCGCAUGACGCACUUCACGACAGUGCAGCUGGAGCAGCCCUCAGACGUGACGGCGUCGACAGUACAGGGUGAGUCGAGAAGAGACGAGGCGAUGUGGUCAUCUACCAUGACGACAGUUCCACAGCCACGGAGGCUGGCGAGACCACAGGCGCC